AUGAGUGAAUUGCAUUUUGAGACAAAAUUGAUUCAUUUGAAUGGUGUCCAAAAUAAGAUAAUUCUUCAAAAUGAGAAUGGACCAUGUGCUCUUAUUGCGCUAACGAAUAUCUUACUUCUCUCUCCAAAUUAUAGUUAUACAGCUCAGACUUUAAUCGAAUACGUUAAUAGGUCUGAAACUGUUUUAUUGUCAACUUUGAUUCAGAUAUUAGCAAACAUUGGGAUUCAAUUUCCUAACGGGGACAAACUAGAUAUUAAUCAGUUGUUACAACUUUUACCAAAAUUACAUAACGGAUUAAACAUUAACCCAAAAUUCAAUGGCACAUUCGUAGAUGGUCCAGAAAUGUCCUUAUUUAGACUCUAUAAUGUUGGAGUUGUUCAUGGUUGGAUGAUUGAUCCAGAAGUAGACCCUGUGGCUUAUCAACAUGUUACAAAGUAUUCUUAUGAGGAUGCUCAAAAUGUGUUGAUCCAAGCAUAUGACAUAACCACUUCAAAUUUGGAUGUCGCGAAUAAAGAAGAGGUUGUUAACGAUGCAGGUUACAUAAAGUCAUUCUUGGCUAGAUCUGCAACACAGUUAACAAAUUAUGGAUUGGAGUAUUUGAAAUCCAUAAUAAUGGAAAGAUCGUUUGUGAUUUUUUUCAGAAACGAUCACUUCAGUACUCUUUACAAAUUAAACAAUGAACUAUACACUUUAGUGACCGAUUUAGGAUUUAAAAAUCAAAAGGAUAUCGUUUGGCAAUCUCUAAAAUCUGUUAAUGGUUCCAAUGAUUUAUUCUAUACUGGUGAUUUUAUCACAAGGGUCGCAGAUGAAAAUAAUCAAUAUGCUAGUAAUGCUGCACUUCCAAUUGGUAAUGUAGAACAACACACGAGUUCAAAUAAUCCAUUCUCUGAUCCCCAGAAUAAUGAGAACACUUAUACGCCAAAUGUGGUUAAUGGUUUUGACUCUAAUGCCCAACAAAAUCCAAUUGCGGAAACAGAUGAGGAUCUUGCAAGAAGAUUACAAGAAGAAGAGGAUGAACGAUACGCUGGAAAUAUGCAAAGAUCGUAUAACCGUGAAGCUAAUAACAGAACUGAACCAAGAUCUACCACUGGUAAUAAGGAUAAGAAAGAUGACAAUAAAAAACGUAAAUAUAAGCUAAAUAAAAAAAAUCCUGCAUUAUCAUGUAAUAAUUAA